AUGGAUGCCAGAGAAUCAACCGAAGGCAAAAUAGUAACAUUAGACAGGGGAGACUACACUACUUGUACUAUAAACCUCCAAGGAGCUACAGUUGUCUCCUGGAGGAUCAACAACGAAGAACAAUUGUUCGUGAGUCGACGAUGUACAUUCUCUAAGUUUAAUAACAUCCGAGGAGGAGUUCGUUUGGUAUGGCCACACUAUUCUACGUGGAGCUUCGGAAGACGACAUGGGUUUGGUAGAGAUAUGCUCUGGAGAGUAUUGAAAGGACCUGAGCUUUUACUCAACGGAGAUGUAUUUGUCGUUGUUGGUGUAACCUCAAAUCAGUACACGAAGUCUAUGUGGAACUUCGAUUUUGAAAUGCACAACAGGUAA